CUCGUCGACCUGCACUGGCUCAAGGACGGGCAGCCCGUGCGCGGCGGCAGCGCCGGCGGCCCUGCGCACACGCUCUCGCUGCACGCCGUCGCCAAGGACGACGAGGGCAUGUACCAGUGCUUCGUCAAGAACGACAACGACAUGGCGCAGGGCACGGCGGAGCUGCGCCUCGGAGAUACUCCCCCAACUUUAAUAUAUUCUUUCAUAAGACAAACAAUACAGCCUGGACCGUCUGUCUCUCUCAAAUGUGUUGCGUCUGGUAAUCCAACCCCACAAAUUAAGUGGAACCUCGAUGGAUUUAAAUUGCCCCAAAAUGACAGUGUACAUCCAGAGUAAGGAGUACACAAUAUUGCAUGUUUCUUGUAGAUUUGUAAUUGGGCAGUAUGUGCCAACAAAUGGAGAUGUGGUUAGCCACGUGAACAUAACAAAUGUUCGCGUAGAGGAUGGUGGCACUUAUCAGUGUACCGCUGUCAACCGUGCUGGAGAAAUGUCACACAGCGCAGAAUUGAACGUGUAUGGUUUACCACGUGUUCGUCCAAUGGGAGAUGUAUCAGCAAUUGCCGGUGAAACGUUGUCGAUUACUUGUCCAGCUGCUGGAUAUCCUAUUGACGGUAUUGAAUGGUUUCGAGUUAGUGAUGAUGGAGACAGAGUUCUUCCAUACAUCACGCGACAACUGACGUUCCCAAAUGGAACCCUCAUGAUUGAGAAGGUGCAGUCUGGAGAAGAUGACGGCCUGUACCGCUGUACAGCCUCCAACAAGCAAGGAGAUCGGGCGAGUGAUGUUGCACACGUCACCGUCACGGUCCCCCCUAAGAUAACCCCUUUCAGCUUCCGUUCCGACCUGCACCUGGGUGAGCGCGUGGGGGCACAGUGCGUGGUGAGCAAGGGGGACCCGCCGCUGCGGGUGCACUGGCUCAAGGACGGCCGCCAGUUGAGCCCCGUGGACGGCGAGCGGGGCGUGAUGGUGCGCACGCUGGACGAGUUCACGAGCGUGUUGAGCAUCGGGGCCCUGUCCCGGCACCACGGCGGCAACUACACGUGCGUUGCACGCAACGGCGCCGCGCAGACCGCCGAGUCGGCCUUGCUCUCCGUGAACGUGCCUCCUGCCAUUACUCCCUUCGCAUUCGGUGAGCUUUCGUCGGGUGAGCGCGUGUUGGUGACGUGCAGCGUGAAGCGCGGCGACCCGCCGCUCACCAUUCAGUGGUUCAAGGACGCCCGCCCCAUCCCGCCCACCCCGAGCCUGCAUGAUGACCCUGACCUCACCGUCCAAGGCGCUGGAGAGUACUCCAGUGUCCUGGCGAUUCGUAGCGUUAGCUCUAGGCAUAGCGGGAACUACACCUGUUCGGCGACGAACAAGGCGAGGACGACCACCUACACGGCGCUGCUGCUGGUCACGGUGCCACCCUCAUGGAUUGUGGAACCACGCAGUGGAUAUGCUAAAAUUGGAGGCCAAGCAUUAUUACACUGCAAAGCCGAGGGAUUUCCUCCACCAACGAUUGUUUGGAAACGAAUUCCUCCGAGUCGUGCUGGAGAGCGACCAAAAGAAGUAGAAGUCAUUAACGUCAGGGCAGGGGCCCUUCUUCUCCCGAACGGAACAUUAUUUCUGAAGAACGUUACCAAGGAUGACGAAGGUCGAUAUAUUUGUGAGGCUACGAACGGUAUUGGUGUUGGGCUCAGCGCAGUCUUAUAUUUAACUGUUAAUGCGCCAGUUCAGUUCAAAAUGAGAUCAAGGAAGGAAAUGGUGCGACGGGGUACUACCGCGAUAUUAAGUUGUCAUGCAGUUGGAGACGUACCCAUAACUUUUGUGUGGAGGAAAGAAGGCAGUUUCUUGGAGUUACAAGGACGCACGAGUGCCAAGAACGUGGCUAAUGGUUUGGAAUCGGAACUUCGAAUCAACGCAGUAAAUUCCGAUGAUGGUGGAAUAUAUACGUGUUUUGCCCGAAACGAGUAUGGUCAUGAUCAGACGGAAAUCCAUCUCGUUGUACAGGAUGCACCUGAUCAUCCCACUAAUGUGAGAUUGGUGGAUAAGGGGAGCAGACGUGUUACUAUAGCGUGGACCCCUCCUCUCGAUGGAAACAGCCCCAUCACGCGCUAUGUAGUGCGCCACAACUUCGUAAUCGACCUCGACGUUCUGCAAGGGCCGGGUGUUGAAACGAGCGUGGAGGGCACACAGAGCACCGCCGUCAUUUCCCCGUUGAGCCCGGCGACGACGUACAGCAUCCAGGUCGUGGCGGAGAACACCCUCGGCCCGGGCACGCCCAGCCACGAGAUCCUCGUGAGGACGGACGAGGAAGCCCCCUCCGGGGGCCCGCUGCACCUCUCGGUGGACGCCCUCAGCUCCACGCAGCUCAUCCUCAACUGGGACCCGCCGGCCCUCGACCAGUGGAACGGCCCGCUCCUGGGCCACUACGUCGGCUACCGCUACAUCGGGGAUAUGGAAAACAAGAAGCAGUACAACUUUACCACUGUAAAUUUCAAAGGAAAUGGCAAGGAAGAAGCACGUCUAGGUGGAUUAAAGAAGUACUCUAAAUACGGCUUAGUCGUUCAAGCUUUUAACAGUAGAGGACCAGGCCCUCUCUCGGAGGAAAUCCAAGGACACACAUUAGAAGAUGUUCCCGAAGCACCGCCACGAGAUGUGCGUUGCUCCGCGCUGUCUUCCGAGUCGGUGCAAGUGAGUUGGCAGCCGCCUCCCGAGCCGCUGGUUCACGGCGUCAUCCAGGGCUACCGACUGAUAUACGAGCCCAUUCUGCCCCCAACGGAAAACGGUGGAGGACUGUUUGGACUGAUGGUGGAGUUUGGAGCGGAAGAUGACGAAAUGAUGCAAUCUCGAACAAAAACUACGACUGCUCUCACAACAACUUUACACAAUUUGUUCAAAUAUACGAAUUACAGUAUUGAGCUAAUUGCGUUUACGAGAGUCGGAGAUGGGGCAAAAUCCCAUCCAAUGUAUUGUCGAACAUCAGAAGAUGUUCCAGGAGCUCCUAGUGAUAUUAAAAGUGUGCUUAUUACGAACAAAAUGACUCUAAUAGCAUGGCUUCCACCUAAACAACCAAAUGGAGUGAUAACUAAGUAUAAUAUUUACGUCCGUGUCCUGGAGGACGGACGGCAAAUAGAUGCUCGAUCUGUCCCACACACGUCAACUACUCAUCUACAGCACAGAUACGCCGACCUUAACAGACAGCGUCGCUACGAAUUUUGGGUGACAGCAUUCACAAGAAUAGGAGAAGGAAAGAGUUCCACGGUUGCUGCCAUAUCGCCUGCAACAAAAUAAGAAUUGCAGCGUAGAAAUAAUGGCGACAUCAUCCUGCCGUGCCAGACGGUGGGGCUGCCCCCGCCCUCUCGCCAGUGGCGGCGCGACGGCGACACGCCCGUCGUGCCCAACCCGCGCACCGAGAUCCACCCGGACGGCACGCUCAUCCUGCACAGCCUGCAGCGCACCGACCAGGGCGAGUACACCUGCAGCGUGUACAACGACCAGGGCAACGACCGCAUCGCGUACCAGCUCGUCGUUCAAGUUCCCCCCAGCGCGCCGGUGCUCCUCAUGACCGGCGGCUCGCAAGACUCGCUGCAGCUGCAGUGGAAGAUCGGCGACACGGGCGGCACGCUGGUGCGGGGCUUCGUGCUGCACUACAAGUACGAGCACGGCGAGUGGGAGGAGGUGGAGCUGGAGGGCGGGGCGCGCACGCACUCGCUGGCCGGGCUGCGCUGCGGCACGCGCUACCACGUCUUCAUCACGGCGUACAACCGCGUCGGCACGAGCGAGCCCAGCGCCACGCUCAACGUGCGCACGCGCGGCGCCGUGCCGCUCAUCCCGCCCGACGCCGAGCUGCUCGCCGUCAACUUCACGUCCGUCGGCAUCAACUUCCACUCGUGGCCCGACGGCGGCUGCCCGCUGCUCUACUUCGUCGUCGAGUACUCGCACUACAUCCCCGGCAAGGAGGACCACUGGGAAGUCGUUGGAAAUAACAUUCGAGACACAAGCGUAUAUCCUUUGGUGGGCUUGACUCCAGGACAAACCUACAAGCUUCGAAUAACGGCUCACAAUUCUGCUGGUUCAACAAUCACGAAAUAUAAGUUUAAAACUCUUAGCGAUCAAGUAGGAGCCAUGGGACCUAGUCAAGAAGUGUCCCGGAAUGAUCACGAACUGAAUUGGAAUCUGAGGGUAUUGCUGCUAACCGUCGCUUCACUGGCCACGGCGUGUCUCAGUUUCUUUUCUGUUUGCUUCUGUUGGAAAAAGCGCGCGUUCUUAGGAGGGCUUAUCACACGCGCUACUCGCGGCAGCCGGCCAACCCGCUCGGAACCCCAAGAAGUGAUGCAGAUGCCCGUGCAAGAAGUCCGGAAGGAGAUGACCCACAACGAGGAAUACUACGCGUCAGUACGCAAGAUUCCUCCCUCACCUGAGACUCUGGAAUGCAUUCCCGAAUAUUCUGAUGAAAUACGGCCCUAUGCUACGUUCCACGUUCCUGCACCCCCAAAGACGGAGAGCACGAAAUUACAGACCUUUGCUUACCGGGAGAGGGAAAUGUCUACUCGCAGGUCUUUGAGGAGCGAGUACCGACGCAGCAAGAGGACUCGCCCGACGGAAGAGUACGACAGCUUUGGCUCCGAGUCCGACACCGAACCGGGCACUUCAAGCCGCACGGAAUCUUCCAACCAGCUGGAUUACGGCCGCAUUCCCCCGGAGGCCAGCCGGGCCUAUCACCCGCACGCUGUCCGCCUACCCGACAUCGGCCUGGAAGAGAUGUACCCUCCCCAUGAAUGGUGUUCCCCUGCUGAGAUAUCUCCCCGCACCCACCGAAGGUCCUUUGUGCGUAGGAAUUACCAAGCUCAUAUGAUGAAGUGAGAGACUGUGGCCUGAUGUAAUCCCGUCCUUCCUUUUGUGUCAGUAUUGUGAAUGUGGUACUUUGAAGCCACGUAUUUUGAGAAUGAAAAAAAAUAUUUUCUAUUUUCAUACUGUAAGAGCUAUAUACAGAUAGAGUUUACGAAACAAAUAUCUCUUCAAAGUUUUAUUGAGAUAUAUAACUGAAAUUUAUUUUGUACAAAUGCAAAAUAACGAAAUUAAUCAUCGGUACCUUUUUUUAAUUAAAUAUAAAACUUUAUAAGUGAAAUUACAACUGACAAGUAACUUCAUCUAGAUAAUUCUUUGCAUUUAUUCGAAUUACUUGCACUUAUUAUUGGCAUUUUCUCUCUUAUAGUCAAUUGCAGGCAUUGCCUGCUAUUCAAUUUGCUCAGAAUGCACGUAUCGGAAGUGAUACUAGUAAUGAAGAACAAGGAAUUUCCUUUAAAACAUGUUGUUUUGUUGUAAUUAUACUCAAUUAUACGUGGAAGUUAAAUAGAUGUAUACAUGUUUUGCGUAUGUAUUAAAAUGGAUUUAUGUAUUAUAAAUCGCAUCCCUCAAAUACUACUCUAUAUAGAAUAUUUGUCAGGGUGCUAAUAGGUUAUGUAUUAUUGUCCGAGUAUUGUCUUUCAUCCAAAUAUAUAACAUGUUCUGAUGUUUGUGGUGUUGAAAA